AUGGAUAUUAACAGCACUAUUAAUAGUUUAAAUCCACAUUUGGAUAUUUCUUCAAAUUCUACUAAGCUUAAUAAUUUACAAAAUUCUUCACAAAUUUUAAGUGCAGAAAUGCAAGAAUGGUUAGAUGGAGCUGAGUGGAAUGGUUGGGAUGAACAAAAAUUUAGAGAAGAAUUUAUGGAAGAAAUUAAAGCUAGAAUUUUUAGAAUGGAAAUGUACAAAAUCGUUAUUCCAAUGUUUUUAACAGCAUCUAUACUUGCUAUUCUUGCCAAUUUAGUAGUUAUUGCGGCUUUAAGAUCUGCAAAAGUUAUUAGAACUGCUACUGUUGUUUUAAUACUUUCAUUAACUUUUUCUGAUAUUUGGACAAGUAUUGUUGUUUCACUUUCUUUACUUUAUAAUUCUUAUAUGCCUAUUGUGCUUGAAGCAGAUGUAAAUCCUUGUAUUUCUCUUACCUUAGAGGUAAUACAGCAAUUUACUAAUAACAGAAUCUAA